CCUUGGCUGGUACGGAAGUCGGUGGUACGGACGUCGCCGCCAGAGUCCGCCACCGCCGCCGGCAGCAGCAGGAUCUUGGACCUGAGGGCCCCCCCCCCCCUUCCCCUUUAAAGUGCUCUCAUGAGUCAGUGCAGGAAAGAGCGAACAACUGCAAGCAGCUGGAAGCAGAACUCUUGAACAUUGAGAUGUGUCGCCUGCCUGCGUCCGCCAUCCUGGCUGUACUCUGCUUGGCGUCCCCGCUCCACAGCAGCAGUAGCCUCCAGGUCGGCCUGAGGUAUCGACAGGGCAGCUUCGCUGUGGCCUUGUAUCGUGCCGUGGCCGACGCCCGCCCCGACGCCAACCUGGUGGUGUCGCCGUUCGGCGUGGCCGCCGCCCUGGGACUACUGCAGCUCGGCGCCCGGGGCAACACCAGGGUCCAGCUGGAGGCCGGCCUGGGCUACGACGUCAACGACGCUCAGGUUCGAGAGCUGCUGCUGCUGCAGUGGCAUGCUGAGAUGAGCAACAGCAGCAGUCCGAUGGCGCCCCAGGGGGCGUGGCUACGGCAGACGUGCAUCCUGUUGGUGCAGAGAAGCAUCAAACUCGCUGCUGGAUUCGCUCAGAAUGUUGAAGCCUGGGCAGAUGUCAGCCUGAUGAGAGAUAACCACCUGCAGAACAACAACACGCGCAAAGACGAGACAUGGUUCCCCCUGCAGGCCGGAAGUAGCAGUGGUGACCUGUCUGGGUCUGGCGAGGUUCAACACGCGGAGGCUUCAUCAUCGUUAUCGUCAACGUCAUCAUCAUUAUCAUCCAGCCAGCAGAUGACGGUGUUGAGCACGGUGGCAUUCCGGGGCGCAUGGCAAAAGCAAUUUCACGCCGUCAACACACACAACCUCCACUUCCUGCUCCUGGAUGGCACGACUAUCAAAGUACCCAUGAUGCACCAGGCUACCGAGGUCCGCUUUGGUCAGUUCCUAACGCUAUCAAACCAAAGGUACUCGGUCCUUGAUCUUCCCUAUUCGGGUCUGUCACUGAGCCUCCAGGUGGUCCUCCCUUUGGAUCGUAAGAGCCCUCUGUCCUCCUUGGAGGCUCAGCUGAGCUUUCACCAAGUGGCCUCCUGGGAGGCCGGCCUACGCAGGACCAAGAUGGACGUCUUCCUGCCCAGGUUUAAGAUGCACAACAAGUUGAACUUGAGGUCCGCACUUCCUGCUGUGGGAAUCAGAGACGCCUUCAACCCGACAGAUGCAGACUUUUCGGGAAUUUCAGCUGAGGACUCACUCUAUGUGUCCGAUGCCUUCCACGACGUCACCAUCGAAGUCACGGAGGAAGGAACUAAGGCGGCCGCUGCCACAGAUUCUCAAUGGCGUUUAGAUCUGGCAAGUUGGCUGGCCAGUCAAGCACUGUGAUGGCAUGGGCAUCAAACCAGGUUUUGGUGCUUCUGGCGGUAUGGGCCGGGGCCAGGUCCUGCUGGAAGAUGAAAUCUGCAUCUCCAUACAGAUCCUCAGCAGAAGGAAUCAUGAUGUUCUCUAAAACAUUCUGGUAGGCUGUUGCGGUGAGCUUGGAUUUAAGAAAGCAUAGUUUACCUACACUGGACAUUGCACCCGAAAUCAUCACUGACUGUGGAUAUUUCACACUGGACCUCUAGCAGCUUGGGUUCUGUUCUUCACCCAUCUUCCUCCAAACCCUUGGACCUUGAUUCCCGAAUGAAAGGCACACUUUACUGUCAUCGGAAAAGAAGACCUUGGACCACUGGCCAACAGUCCAGUCCUUCUUCUCCUUGGCCCAUUUGAGACGCUUCCUACGUUGGCUCAGGCUCGGAAGUGGCUUGACCCGAGGAUCCCGACAGUUGUAGGCCAUCUCCUGGAUGCAUCUAAAUGUGGUGGUUUUUUAAUGUGAACAGAAAGCCUCCUUAGCUAUGAACUUUUGUGGCUUACCCAUCCAGUGGAGGGUAUCAAUGAUUGCCUUCUGGCCAGUUGUCAAGUCUGCAGUCUUCCCCAUGUUGAACCCAAUAAUGAACUGAAGCAAUUUAAUGACACCUGGGGAAACCUGUGCAGGUGCUUUGAGUUGAGUAGAGGAUUAGUGUUUGACUCAGGCCUGCAAAGUUUGGGCUGAUUUCUUCACAAUAUUCACAAUUGUCAAAUUCCUGGAUUGAAUGUGUGCGUUUUAUGAGCUGGAAACCCAAAUUAUGGAAAAAUAAAAUACUUGAAAUAGUUUAAAUUGUGUGCCCUGAAUCUAUAAUCCAUGAAAGUUGAAUUUCUUGAAUUGAAUCAUGGAAAUAAAUAAACUUUUCCAUGAUAUAAUUUUUUUUUUGGAAAGGGUCUGUAUUGGAUUUUAUUGUUUCGUAAAAUCCUUGCUUUGGGCCCCUGUAUGAUUAAGAUGCAAAAAGUUGCUCCUCAAAUGAAGAAAUGAUGAGCAAAAUGGCUCCUCAUAGAAAAAAAAAUAUUUUGAGCUUUGCGUGUAUCCAUUUCACAGGAUCUAAGUCAAAUCUAUGGAUAUCAUGGCAUUGUUAGAUCAAUAGAAUAUUUUGUUGUUUUUAAUCAAGUAAAACCUUUAAAAUGUCAUG